AUGUCACUCGACCGGAAGAAGAGCGAUUGUAACAUGCAGCAGCAGCAGCAGCAGCAUCAGAAUCAACAACAACAUCAUCAACAGCAUGAGAAUCCAAGCGGAAGUAAUGAGUGUCUGCUCCAAAAGCGUUCAACAAAACAUCGUGACUCGUUAUCGAAGAAAAGUGACCAAACUGUGCCGAGAAUGUAUUCAGGAGAUGAUGUUGAAGUGCUGCGAUUGGAAUUGGAAAAUGAAACGAGAAAUCGCAAUGAAGCUCAAAGAAAGUAUUCAGAAUUGCAUCAUAAAGUGGAAGCAUUUAUGCAGCACAUUGACGAGGCAAAAAAGAAUCCGGAAUCAAAGUACGAUGCAUUGAUUUACAAACAGAACUGUGUAAACGAUACAGUUGCCGCACAGUUGAGUGAGGCAAAAGAUAAACUCGCAAGCUUAACACAUUCAUUGAAGAGCGUUCAAGUGUGUGGCAAAGAUUGUCAAUUAACGUCAAAAGAUCUUAUGUUGAAUUACGAUUGCAUGACUAAGAAUGAAAUUCUAAAGGAAAUUAAAAAAUUUGAGCGCAUGCAAAUUGACUUGAAAUCAAAUUUGGACCGUUUGCAAUACAAAAUUGAUCAUGAAUCGAAGGAAUAUUACAACCUAGUCGAUCAAUUUCAAAAGCUACAAAUUGAACUUUACUAUUUACAAAACUUGAACGAUAAGCACUCGUCGAAGGUUAUUUGGUAA